CUCCACUCGCCUCGUUCGCUCCGCCGUUAGCGUGAGGCCGCGAGCAUAAUAUCUGCUCCUCAAGCCUCGGCCUUUCUCGUCCUCCUCCUCCUCCUCCUCGUCUUCCUCUUUCUCCUCUCUCUGGGUUUGAUCCGCUUCGGAAAUGGCGGCAUCACUCCAGUCGGCAGUGUUCCUCUCAAAUCGUAUUGAUCCGCACAGGCGUCUCUUUGCAUCCCCUGCGAGAUCUCUUCCAGGAACGAAAGGAAGCAUCUUGGUUGUUAGAUCCGAUGGAAGAAUCUCCGGUAGGCUCAGUGGAAGGAAUUUGAUCACAAAUGCCGUUGCAACGAAGGCCGAUACUCCUACAAGUUCCACCGACUCUAAACCUGGUCAUGAACUGCUAUUGUUUGAGGCUUUACGAGAGGGACUGGAAGAAGAGAUGGACAGAGAUCCUCGAGUUUGUGUCAUGGGGGAAGAUGUGGGGCAUUAUGGUGGCUCAUACAAGGUGACCAAAGGUUUGGCUCCAAAGUAUGGAGAUCUUAGGGUCCUCGACACCCCUAUUGCUGAAAACUCCUUUACAGGCAUGGGCAUUGGAGCUGCAAUGACGGGCUUAAGACCUGUUAUUGAGGGCAUGAAUAUGGGAUUCCUCCUCCUGGCGUAUAACCAGAUAUCAAACAACUGUGGCAUGCUUCACUAUACUUCUGGUGGUCAAUUUAAAAUCCCAGUGGUUAUUAGAGGCCCUGGAGGUGUUGGGCGGCAACUAGGAGCAGAACACUCGCAGCGCUUGGAGUCGUACUUUCAGUCAAUCCCAGGCCUGCAAAUGGUUGCCUGCUCAACGCCUUAUAAUGCCAAGGGCCUUAUGAAAGCAGCAAUAAGAAGUGACAAUCCAGUGGUGCUGUUUGAGCAUGUCCUGCUAUACAACUUGAAAGAGAGAAUCCCAGAUGAGGAGUAUGUUCUGUGUCUGGAGGAGGCGGAGAUGGUGCGACCUGGUGAGCAUGUUACAAUCCUCACCUAUUCGCGCAUGCGGUAUCAUGUGAUGCAGGCUGCAAAGACGCUGGUCAACAAAGGAUAUGACCCUGAGGUCAUUGACAUCAGGUCACUGAAACCAUUUGAUCUCUACACCAUCGGGAAUUCUGUGAAGAAGACUCAUCGUGUGCUGAUUGUGGAGGAAUGCAUGCGAACAGGAGGAAUAGGUUCGAGUCUUAGGGCGGCGAUAAUUGACAACUUCUGGGACUAUUUGGAUGCUCCGAUCAUGUGCUUGUCCUCGCAGGAUGUACCAACACCGUACGCAGGGACCUUGGAGGAGUGGACUGUGGUGCAGCCAGCACAGAUAGUGGCUGCAGUUGAGCAACUCUGCCAAUAAAAGGUGAUUCAACUGGCUGUUAGUACUCCACACCACCACUUACAGUUAAAUUUCUCGUCUAAUUUGAGUUUUCCCCCUACUCUAUAAGAUUGUUAUAUAAUCAGCUUGAAAUGUUUGCUUCUACUUUUCAAAGGGAGUAUGGAUUUUGGUUCGUUCAUUGAAACCAAAUCCUAGCAAUUGAUUGUCGUUUCACUUUUGCAGUUUUCGCCUUCAUUGUGUUCCUUUAGCAUGAAACUUAUAUAAUAUUUCAAAUAUAUUUCUUUUGAGAUCAUGCUA